AUUAUUAUUAUCUUGCGGUUUUAUUCCCGAAUUUCCAUCGACAUUCCUCCUCCAUUUUUCUCCCAGCUCCAUCGCCGCACGUCGUUCCGACAAUCUCCAAGUUUAUUUAUCCCAGAUUUCGGACAAAGAAUUCAGCUCCAAUUCUGGGUUCUCUCUCUUCUUCUUCUUCUUCUUCUUCUUCUUCUUCUUCGUGAAUUUGCGUAGAAAUCGAAGAAGGGGACGAGAAGAAGCGAUGAAGAGUAAAAAUGCGAAGGUUUCAGUGAAAUGGAUUCCCGUUUUCUCCAUUUGUUUCUUCAUGAUUGGCAUGGUUUUCACCAACAAAUUUUGGGGUUCGUUGGAAUCGAAUAAUCAGCUCAUAACUCAGCAAAGAAGGGAUCAAGAGCUGCAGAUCGUCUCCGAGGAUUGCAAUACUAAGAAGAAGAAGGCAGAAGAUAAGGACAAUGAUGUAAUGAAGGAGGUUUAUAAAACACAUGAAGCAAUCCAGGGGUUAGAUAAGUCGAUUUCGAUGCUCCAGAUGGAGCUAUCUGCAUCUAGAAGUGCUCAAGAGAGGCGCAAAGGUGAUGAGCCAACACCAACUGCUAAUCAAGAGCCUGUCAGGAAGAAGGCAUUCAUGGUGAUUGGUAUAAACACGGCUUUCAGUAGUCGAAAGAGGCGUGAUUCUGUCCGAGAGACUUGGAUGCCUCAAGGUGAUCAGCUUCGCAGAUUGGAGGAGGAGAAGGGGAUCGUCGUGAGGUUUAUGAUUGGACAUAGUGCAACCUCUAACAGCAUAUUGGAUAGAGCUCUCGACUCUGAAGAAGCUCAGCAUAAGGACUUUCUGAGGCUGGAGCACGUUGAAGGAUAUCAUGAAUUGUCGGCAAAAACAAAGAUUUUCUUUGCCACUGCAGUUGCGAAGUGGGAUGCUGAUUUUUAUGUGAAGGUGGACGAUGAUGUUCAUGUUAAUUUGGGUACAUUCGCUGCAACUCUUGCUCGUCAUCGAUCAAAACCCAGAGUCUACAUCGGUUGUAUGAAAUCCGGACCCGUUCUUUCUCAGAAGUCCGUUAAGUACCACGAGCCAGAGUACUGGAAAUUCGGAGAAGAAGGAAAUAAAUAUUUCCGGCAUGCAACGGGGCAGAUUUAUGCCAUUUCAAAGGAUUUGGCGACUUACAUCUCGAUUAACCAGCCCAUACUGCACAAGUAUGCCAACGAAGAUGUGUCGCUUGGUUCUUGGUUUAUUGGUCUUGAAGUCGAGCACAUUGAUGAGCGUAACAUGUGUUGUGGUACUCCGCCAGAUUGUGAAUGGAAGGCACAGGCAGGCAAUGUGUGCAUCGCCUCAUUCGAUUGGAGCUGCAGCGGAAUCUGCAAAUCAGUAGAAAAGAUCAAGUUCGUACACGAACAAUGUGGUGAAGGAGAAGAGGCCCUUUGGCAUGCUUUAUUGUAGGAUCUCUCACACAAGAAAAAGAAAAGAAAAAAAGAAAAAGGACUUAAGCUGACUAAAGAAAUACAUGUAGAAUGUAGCAAGGUGCGAAGCAAUGCUGCUGAGGCGGGCGAAGAAUCAUCAACACCAUCACCAUGCUGCAAGACUUGUACGCGUAUAUAACAGGUUCUAUUCUUACUGAAGAUUUUUCUUUGAAUACGAAUAGACGAGGAGCUGAGUUGAGUAGACGACAUUUCUCCUAGCCGGAUUUUUCUUAGUAAUGGGAGGUCGGAUACAUGUAUACAUUGUUUAGAGACUCGAGAGGAACGUGAUCUUGUCGUUGAUUUGGAUGUAGAACGCGCGUUUUAGUAGGGGUAGUACCGGUCAUUUUCACCAUUCGAGAUUGUUGAACUGGUGGUGAUGGUGUCUUUGCUUUGUUUGUGGAAGCACCAUUGUUGGAAUUUCUUGCUUGUAUGGCUAUAGUUUUGUUCAAUGCAGUUGUGGGUGCUCUAUUCAUGUCUUC